CCUGCAGGGUCGGAACCUGAUGCGGACAUCUACAUGAACUUCAUGAAAGCACAUCAGUGCUACGAUGCUAUCCCAACCAGUUCCAAACUCGUUGUGUUCGAUACGACCUUGCAGGUGAAGAAAGCGUUCCUGGCGUUGGUCGCUAAUGGUGUGAGGGCGGCUCCCCUCUGGAACAGUAAGGAGCAGUGCUUUGUGGGCAUGCUGACCAUUACUGACUUCAUCAACAUCCUGCACAGAUACUACACGUCUCCCAUGGUGCAAAUCUACCAACUGGAGGAACACAGGAUUGAGACUUGGAGAGAGAUUUAUUUGCAAGGUUCCUUUAAGAAACUGGUCAGUAUCUCGCCGAUUGACAGCCUAUUUGAUGCCGUUUACUCUUUGAUUAAGAAUAAAAUUCACCGGCUGCCAGUCAUCGAUCCUGUAUCUGGGAACGUUCUCUAUAUCCUGACACACAAACGCAUCCUGAAAUACUUCCACCUCUUUGCCUCAAAGCUCCCCAAGCCAAGCUUUAUGAAGAAGACACUCCAGGAGCUUGGGAUCGGGACGUACAAGCAUGUGGCGUUGGUGGAGGAGACGUCAACAGUGUAUGAAGCUCUUGGCAUUUUUGUGUCAAGGAGGGUGUCAGCUCUGCCUGUUGUUAACAAGCUGGGUAAAGUGGUGAAUCUGUACUCAAGGUUCGAUGCUAUAAAUCUUGCUGCUCAGAAAGCUUACAACAACCUGCACGUCAGUGUGAAGGAGGUACUAGAACAGAGAUGGCAUUGUUUCGAGAAUGUCCUCAAGUGUUACGCGCACGAGACCCUGGAAGUCAUCAUUGAGCGUCUGGUUGAGCAUGAGGUCCAUCGGUUGGUAUUGGUGGAUGAGGAGGAUGUUGUGCAAGGGAUUGUCUCACUGUCCGACAUGCUCCAAGCAUUGGUCCUCUCUCCAGCAGGUAUAAACGCUCUUUCCUCCUGA